GCAGCUACUUAAAUCACCUGUGGGAGUUCAGGACGUUUCAUCACUGAUGUGCUGCUCUGUGGAUCAACAAGAUUAAAAAUGGCGCCUCCAGUAGCUGUGGACAGACCUCCAGCAGCUCAUCCAGGACCAAACUCUGCUGCAGGGACCCUCCACUCACAGCCCGACAGCGGGGGGCCAAACCCUGGACUGCAGGCUCCCGGCCAGGAGCCCGGACCCCAACAGCCCCGGCCUGUCUUCUACGUCCCCGUUCCUCCUCCGCCCCCCUUCCUUCACUACCAGUGGCCCAUGCCCUUCUCCUAUAACCCCUUUGCUGGCUUCCCAGGCAUGGGCUAUGGUAUGGUCAUGCCCCCGUUCCCCCCUCCUCCCCCCUACAUGGAUGCUCCAGCCUACGUUUUGCCCCACCCUCACAUGCAACCGAUUGACUACAGACGUCUGCUCCACCCCCCAGUCCAUGCCCCUUACCAGAACCCAAACCAGGCCCCUCGUAGAACCCGCCCUCCCCCUCCUUCUGCUGCAGUCAGGGAAAAGGUGAAUUCAGAGGUCCAAACGGAGUCCUCAUGGAGAGGUGGUGCUGUUUCUGGAGAGGAGAGCCCACUCAUCAGCUCUGAUUCUGGCCAUGGGACCACCUCUCACUCCCCGUCCUCAUCCAACUCUCAUGAAAGAGGCUCUGCAGAUGUUCUGACCUACAGAAACCAGCGGUUAAAUGGUGAUCCUCCCGCGGGAGCAAAGAUACUCCAACCAGGUCGCAGCAGUGCAGCAGAGAGCAGACUAAGAAGGGGGGAGAACGUUCCUUCCUUCAGGGAAGAUUUGUGGUCAGUGGGCUCUGCUGACAGCAUGGUUCCCGUCUGCAGCUCCUCUCAACAGGACCAUGAUGUCACCAGAGAGAGACGCGUCUCCAUCCCUGACAUCCUUCUGAGUGGUGCCACGCCACAGACGAUGACUCUGGAGAGGGGAGACGAGAACCAGCAGCUGCUGCCGUCAUCUGAAAUUGAAGUGGAAAAAGAAAAGAAGUCUGAACAGAGACGAGAAGGGUUGAAGAGCAAAGCUGAGAACUCUGAUGUCCAGGCUGGUAUUGAUGCUGAUGUCAACACCUCCACCCUCCUUCCUAAUGAAGCUGAGCCUCUCUAUAAGAUCCUAAGACUGCCUGCCACUCUCCAGGAGCUUCUCUUCGAGACUCGCAGAGAUGCAGAGCCUUCAGGAUUGGUUGAGCGCCUCUCCGAAGAUGAACUGCUGCGAUCCCUGAACCACAGCUCAGAGAACACUCCCUAUCAGUCAUCUCGAAACCGUUUCCUGAUGAGGAGUAAACUGAAUGAGUCCAUCUGGUCUGUGGAGUCCCUUCCUGCAUUUAUCCCCACUCAGGAGUGGAUGCAGCAGAACGGACUCUUGGAGCCUGAAGUCAUCAUAGAGACCAUCAACCAUGAUGGUGGCCAACAGGAAAACUUCAGUGUGAAAGGUUGUAAAGGGAGGAAUCGGAGCCACAGGUUGUCCUCAUCUGAGUCUGCUCGGAUGUCUGAAAGCUGGCUGGUUUUCAGCACGCCAGCUGAGAAACUCAGUCAGCCAAAGAAGAUGGAUACGGAGAGAAGAAGGGAUUCUUCUGGAACAAGGGAACUGGGGCAUGACCAGAGUCCUUCAGGAAAAGUGUGCUCAUCUCCCCCUCCUCAGUGGCAGAGUAGAAUAACUGCAGCUUCUCCGCCAGAAGAGGACCAAUCUGAUAAAACCGGGUCUUCUGAACCCAAUUCUCGGUGGCAGAGUAGAAUAAUUUCAUCUCCUCCUCCAGAAGAGGACAGAUCUGAUAAAAACAGGUCUUCUGAACCCAAUUCUCAGUGGCAGAGUAGAAUAAUUUCAUCUCCUCCUCCAGAAGAGGACAGAUCUGAUAAAAACAGGUCUUCUGAACCUGAUUCUCAGUGGCAGAGUAGAAUAAUUUCAUCUCCUACUAAAGAGGAUGGAUCUGAUGAUAACAGGUCUUCUGAACCUGAGGCUCAUGGAAGCCCAAACCAGGAACUUGUCGCUGAAAAUGAGCAGACUGAGAGAAGCCCCGGCUCCCCUGAGCAGGACAAAACUGUGCUGUCCAACUCUUCCCAAGAGGGAAAACCGCCGUCUCCGUGCCAGCUGGUCAUUGAACACGCAGAAGACGUGGAGGCGGGACAGAAGGUGAACGAUGACGUGAGCGAGCUGAGGGUCCCCAUGGUGGACCAUGCCACGGUUGCUGUGUCUCCGUCAAAAGUGGACUGUGGCGUCCAGUGGCCUGAACAGUCAGAGAGCAAGUCUCCGCAUGAAUCUCAGAGCAGCAGCAGCGGACAGAACAAGAGAACUCACUUUAAUCAUUCAGAAAUGAAAAAGACGCACAACAAACAGACUGACGGGUUCUGUAUGAAUGGACAGUCGUUGAGGAACCAGAGAAGAAGCGGUCACUGGAGGAACAGAGGCCAAGAAAACCACAGCGGUCAGUCAGACUGCUACAGCGGGUUCAGUGGUAAGCCUGGAAGAUCCAAAGGAGGAAAUGGAAGAAACCAACGGUACUGAGCGCUGAUCAUUUUCCACAGAAGAAUGUUUUAAAGAAAUUAUUAAAAUAAGUUCAUAUUUUACCUAAAUCUAUUUUAAAAUGUGUCAUUGAUCAAUAAAUGUUCUACAUGUUAAAUAUA